AUGAAAGUCCUCGCUAUCAUCUGCUUAUGGCUUACCAUCGUCCACUGCUACCCUGGCGGGAUGGACUGGGACUAUGCGGUUCGAUAUCACCAGCAAGUUCUCCUCGAAGAUACUGACCGUGGAUUUGGCUUGAACGAGCCAUUCAUCCCGACCCCCGCUCAUAUUCUCCCCGAAAAAAAGCCCUUCCUGAUCAACGAGUCCGUCAACUACUACGAGAGACGCUUCAACGGUUCAGGACCAGACGGGAACUACCGUCGCUCGUCAUGCCCCGCGGUAAACGCGCUGGCCAAUCGGGGUUACAUUAAUCGAACAGGACGUAAUAUCAGCUAUUCCGAGCUGGCGCAUGCCGUUCGACGAGUCUGGAACUUUGGUGAUGACAAUACCAACCAUACUAACUCUGACAUGCAGAGCAUGCUGGUUCUGGCUCCGACGUUCGCAAUGCAUGGGUGGCCUGAGACCAUCGAUCUGGAUCAAUUCAAUGCAUGUCCCACUCCCCCCUUCCACUCAUCCCUAUCCUUACCAUCAACUAACAUUCCCCACCAGGACGACCAAGUCCAAUACGUGAUCAAUUGCCCCGCUGCACCAACUCGCAAUGACCGUGCGGUGGGCGAUAACAUCAACCUCAACAUGACGCUUUUCGAAUCCCUCCUAUCAUUCUCCAAAGACGGCGAAACGCUUUCCCUUGAAGACAUGGCCGAGCAUCACCACUUGCGACACAACCAAAGCAAAGCCGAGAACCCGGGGUUCGUGUUUGGCAACCAAGGCGCAAUCUGUUCGCUAGCCCAAUACACAAACAUGGUGGGGGUCCUUGGUAAGUUUGGCAAACACGGUCGAACGACUUUGUUUGUCGAUGAUGUCAAGACCUUCUACCUGGAUGAGGAUAUCCCGCGGGAUUAUGAGCGCAGAGAAGCCCCUGUGAGUUGA